CUCGCUAUUAUUUACCUUCCGCGCCGCGGCUCGUACAUAAACCAGCGAGGUGAGAAAGCGAAGGGCGGAGUUUAAACUCUUUCACAGAGCUCCUGUGAAUGAAUGUCAGUGCUCGCUCGGGUUUACAUGUGAAAGCAUCUGGCUGUCCUGCACUAAGCUCCCGGUUGACAGCACAUCAUCCGCGCGGAGAACCCGGGUCUUUUCUACCGGACCGGACAGCUGUAAUCAUGGAGGACACCAACUGAAGCAAUCACGGACAGAUACGCGUUCAUACCGACUAUGGCUGUAGACGCUGCGUCCAGCUUCAGUUUCUGUAGGACUGCGCUGGAUCACACGGUCUCAGCAGAGGAACUGACAUACCAGCUGCCCCAUAAGGCCGGGGGCAACCUUUCCUGGCAUGACGUGCAUGGGCAGCGGGUAACAAGACGGGCCGUCAAACUACUACAGCAGCCCGGCACAGAGGAAAUACAGAUUCAUCCAGGUGAAGCCUACACUGUGUACCACACCAGUCCAACGCUCUCCAGUUUAUGCAAACCAGUGGUGCUGUGGACCCAGCAGGAUGUGUGUAAGUGGCUGAAGAAACACUGUCCACACAACUACCUGACCUAUGUGGAGGCCUUCUCUCACCACGCUAUCACAGGUCGUGCCCUGUUGCGGUUGAAUGGGGAGAAGCUGGAGAGGAUGGGUAUAGUCCAGGAGACACUGAGACAAGAGGUCCUGCAGCAGGUCUUACAGCUACAGGUCAGAGAAGAAGUGCGCAACCUACAGCUCCUUAGCAGAGCUUCCUUCGGCAACCUUUCUUAGCUCAUCUAUCCAUUUGGCAGCUCUCUUCUCUUCCCUACGGAUACAGAAGGCCCUCUUCCAAACUGACACAGACAGAAAGAGAGAAAGAAAGAGUCUGCCUGGCUGCAGAUGUGGAGAAGACUGUUUACUAUACCAAUUUACUGGACAAGACUCUUUAUGUCUUUAUAUGCAUAAAUGGAGGGGUUUCAAAGACUACAAGGAAAACGGAAACAAUGCCAGACUCUGCCACUGUAUUAUAGUGAUAAGAUUCAAAUUACACCUCAUCUCUACACAACCUAGAGCACCAACCAGAAAUGUGUCAUACAUCAGUAAGGACAAGUCAACUUAAUUUGGAUUAGGUCAUGGUUGUCAAAGCCUCUCAUCGGACCCCGAGGUUGAUCUUGGGUUUUGAAUUGGAAGUUGACCGGAGAUCCAAGGUUUUAAUGUUUAGUCAUCUGACAGCUUUUCUCUUUUACCCAGCAUCACUAGAUAAACACGAUAGUAGAUCAAUCCUCUCUGUUAGUCUGGAAAUACAGACCAGUCGCUUUCCUACCUCUCGUAAUAGGUUGUAAUGUUUUGUUUGCAGAUAUAGAAUAAAGAGAAUUAGACAUACACUUGAAUAGAUUGUAUCCAAAGGCUUGAAUUCCCCAAAUUAAACCAUCACAGAUUUCUACUAACGCUGGUUUAAUGGGGUUUUACACUGACAGCGAGUAAUUAGUAGUCAGUUGUGAAUUCCCUUAAUGUUUAAGUUACAAACAAUUUGUUAAUAAAUUGACUUUCUGAAUACUGAAUGUUAAUACUAUCACACCUAAAACCCAACCAUAAAUAUUUCUUUUCUUCUCAGGAGUUCAAUGUUUGCUUCCGGUGUCAUUCCUGUUGUUUUUAUUUAUUAUAAAGUCAUUUUUUAUGAUUUCAAUGUCAUUUCCAAGAUAUUUUUUACUAUGUACACAACGUAAAGUUUAAAUAUGUCCAUUAAACUGAAUAUGCUUUAUACUGCAA